AUGGAGGACUUGACAUUGCAUUUUGAAAAAGGUCGGUAUUUGAACGUUGAAUCAUGCGGGCCUUACACGUUGCAGGUUCACCGUGGAGGAACAGUUAUGACCGGUGGCGUAGUGAACUUGCAGGAACAUACUUGCACUUGCGGCUUGUUCCAGUGCAUGAAGUUUCCUUGUCCUCAUGCAUGUGCUGCAUCUCAGGAGCGAAGUAUUAGCGCGUACACACUAUGCUCGCCAUAUUACACGACUGAAUAUUGGAGGAGGACAUAUGAAGGAACAAUUAUGCCAGUUGGUGACGAGGAUGAUCGGGAAUUGCCUGAUGACAUCAAGAACAUGACAGUUGGAGUGCCUGUUGAGAAGCAACAAGUAGGGUAUUCGAUUAAGAUCGAAAUCUUGUUAAACGUUGUUGUGACUUAA